AUGGAAAUUGACUCGCUUCAAGAGGCGCUUCGAGACUUUGAUAAAAAGUCAAAGAAGGAACCAUGUCAAAUACUCGAACAGUUUUUAUGUCAUGUUGCCAAGACAGGAGAGACCAUGGUUCAAUGGUCUCAGUUCAAGGACUAUUUCCUAUUUAAAUUGGAGAAGGUGAUGGAUGAUUUCAGAGCAUCGGGUCCAGAGCAAAGAGUUCCUGCCAAUGCAAAUGUGGAGUCUAUUCCAUUUGAAGACAUGAAGGAGAGAAUUUUAAAGAUUGUGAGAGGAUACAAUGGAAUUCCAUUUACGAUCCAACGCUUAUGUGAGCUACUUACCGAACCCAAAAGGAACUACACAGGAACAGACAAGUUUCUUCGAGGAGUUGAAAAGAACGUGAUGGUUGUAAGUUGCAUUCAUCCAACAUCAGAGAAAAAUGGCUGCAGCACUGUCAAUAGAAUGAACGGAGUAAUGCUUCCGGGGAACACGUCAGCUUUUACAGAGAGAAAGGUAAAUGGCCCUGGAACCCCCCGACCACUAUACCGACCAAAGGUGUCUCUUGCCAAUUCACUCGCAGCUAAUGGUCUGCCGGACAGCACAGACAACAAGGACCUCAUAGAGCAUGGAGAAUCAGAAAAUAGUGAUGUUUCAGGGUCAGAAGAGGGCCCAGUAAAGAUGAAACAUCCUCACACAGAGGAGGACAUGGAGGCAGAGCAACAGGAGGUUAAGAGAUUGAAAUUCUGUAAAGAUGACGAUGACGAGGAUGAUGAUGACGAUGAAGAGGACGAACCAGAGGUGGACUCGCACAGACCGUCGAACAGCCUGGGUCUCUCUAAAGAAGCAGAGGCCAUGGUCCACGAUGCCGAGGAAAAGGAAGACUACAGUAAAGGCAAAGAAGCCUCAAGUGCCACCACAGAAGACCAAGAGCCAUCCAGCAGCACUCCGUCUGAAGCGUGUGCGUCGGCAGGACAAGAACAGGACUUGGAGGCAGCAGAGCGGGAAGUACCGUGCGGCUCCCAGGACGAGGCCAGCGACAUGGACCAGACCGAGCAGCAGGCCCCCGCCGGCCCCCUCGAGAGCCCCGAGUCGAGCAGAGACAGCGAAGAAGGCUCCAGCGACCCAGUCAGCAGCAGCAGCAGUAGUAGCGCGAGCAGCUGUAGCAUAGAGGAAAGUACUGAGACCACCCGCGAAGACAUUACCCUCACUCCCUCCAGCAGCACUAGUGACGUCCCCACAGACACAGCCAUGGAGAGCACCACCUCCAACCCUGGGGCCACUGAGGAGCCAAUGGAGCAGGACUAG